AUGGAGGAUAACGAUGCAAAUCGCUCGCCCAGUCUUGCAGUACCUCAGCACUGCAUUGCUGUAUUCCUGCGGGCCGCCUGCCUGGAGUGUCUUCCCGCGGCAAUGGCGGCGCGCGCGCAUGGGGGAGAAGCGCGUGCGGGAGAAGCCCAUAUGGGGCCAUUGAGGUUACCCAAUGGCUCCGGAACGCUCGCAGCGGCAAACAGAGAUACGAUUUGGCAGCAGUUCCAGGUGAGCGCAAGCGUUCGCUGGCGAGCGCAAUGGGGGGAGAGGUGCCUGUCUCUGAGCGGACCCCCCAGACAGCUGGAGGACGCCAAGAACAUGGCGCUGCAGAUGAUCGCAACCCAUGGAACGGAGGGUGGGCGGGCAGCUCCUGGACCUACCCAACAAGAGUUCCAGCAGCUUGAAAGGCAGGCAGCCGCGAUGCAACAGCAGCUCACACAUCAACAAGGCGUGCUGCAGUGGUUGCAGGUUCAACUCCAGAAAGCCGAGCAAAAUGCUGCAGCUGCCUACCAUGAAUCCAUAAAGGCCAAGGAUGAGGCCGAAGCUGCCAAGGAUGAGGCCAAAAAGGCUAUCUCGGACAUGGGGCAACAUAUGGCGCGGCGGCGCCGAAAGAGAAAACACCACCAUUCCACGCCCAAAGUUGGCCGUGGCAGAAGCCAUGCGUCCAACCAGGAUCGCGUGCCCCUGCAAAGUGUACGCCGGGAAAGGGAAGCAAGCCCGAUCGGCUCUGAUUCUGGCCAAAACGGCAAGAGCGCUUCAAGUGAACAGGGAGGUCCACCCCCUGGAUUGCCUGGAUUGCAGCCCAAGGUAAAGCCACGUAAGCGCGAUCCCAGCCCAACUUCGCCAGCUGACACUGGCGACGGAGAAGAUGCAGUGGAGGCUAAAGAUGAGCAGGGCGCUGACAACACUGCCGAGGACAAGCCAGAGGGUGACGCCGAUGACAUACCAGUGCAAUACAUCUUCACCGACUUGCUUCCUCAUCGCGUGUGGCUCUAUGAGUUCAUCGACGAGCUGAGCCACGGCCGCAUGCCUUUCACGAAUUGGACGCAGAAGCUUUGUUUACGGUGCCUCCUACCACAGUUCGAGCACUGCACCAAUCCAGCAAAAGUUGGACGCUUGAUGGAGUGUGUAUAUUGCCUGUUGCAUGAAGAUCCAGACCCUGCACGGCAAGCUGUGUGGGAAAACCUCUUUCAGUUUGCUAAAGCCAUGCACAUGGCCUUGGGGACAGCUUCCGCUCAACGGGACCUUUGGAAAGACGCGACCUACAACAAGCUCAUGGCCGAAGGUUGGUAUGCUAUCUUGAGGUUUGCAGAAUCUCGACCUGAAGCUUUGGAAACUUUUCUCAUAGCAUUUUCCGUAUAG